AUGCGGGUCGUAACGCUUGUCGGGUUGGCGCUGGCCGUUGCGCUGGUGAUGUCUAUGCAUUGUUGCGAGGGUGCGAUGAUGCGCAGCAUCUCCCUGAAUGACGAAGAGGAAGAGUUUCGACCGCGUCGCCUCUACCGCGACUACGCCUUGAUGAGGAGUCGCGACACCCGCGCUGAUGACUCCUUCGACGACUACGGGCACAUGCGCUUCGGCCGCUCCGACGAC